CGUCGCUCAAGGUUCUAAUUCUGAAGACACUAGCAGUCGAGCAGAGGCUGUUUGAACUCCUCCGUGCGCGCACCCUGACCUAGCUUCAAAGAGGAAGAAAGAAGCCAUGAAUGCCCCUGACCGCUACGAGCGAUUCGUCGUUCCUGAGGGCACUAAAAAGGUUUCCUAUGAGAGAGACACGAAGAUCAUAAAUGCGGCAUCGUUCACUGUAGAGAGGGAGGACCACACCAUCGGCAACAUUCUUCGCAUGCAGUUGCACAGAGACGAAAAUGUUCUCUUUGCUGGUUACAAGCUCCCUCAUCCUCUCCAGUAUAAAAUCAUUGUUAGGAUUCAUACGACUAGCCAGUCUUCACCAAUGCAGGCAUAUAACCAGGCUAUCAAUGAUCUAGACAAGGAACUUGACCAUUUGAAGAAUGCAUUUGAGGCUGAGAUGGCAAAAUUUUCUCAGGAUUACUAGCACUUGACGCGAUUAAGAACCAAAUUGAACAGACAUUCAGUUGAUUGUGCUUAAUGGAAUUUAGAGGAAAAGGAGUGUGAUUUCAAUGAGACUUUGAUAACUUUGGUGUUGUAUUUAAUUAAUGAAUCAUGGCAGAUCAUCAAAUAUUUUUAGUAUGACAGAUGUUUAUCAAGUAAUGGCAUGCAGAUCUGUUUUGUGUAAA